ACAUAUUUAUCCAACGUGCUACUUAUGAAUUAUGUUUCACAGAAUCAAAUACAAUGCACAUGCUUAUUGAAUUAUUUUUGAAUGAUUUUCCUGAAACAGGGAGUAGAGAGUUUAAUGUCUAUUCCCACCAAAAGUCGAGCCAUAAUGUGCCAUCACUUUCAUUUUAUUUUUUAUUGUUGAAUCCAUCUCAAAUAACAACAAAUAAUAAUUCCUUAUGAACCGGACGGUGACCCUGUCCUCUCCGGGACACGUCACCCCUUGUCCCAGCCUCACUUCGGGCCACAUCGCGCCUUCAUCGUUGGAUGAACUUUUCUCAGGAUCGAAGCGGAAGUUGUAACCGAACCCUCUGUCGGACGGGGUUCGUGCUCACUCGUGGAAAAGUGAAGGGGGGGGGGGGGGGCUGGGUUUACUUUUUCUUUCCUUUUUUUCUCCCCUUCUUUGUGGGAAAGCCCUUCUUUUUAUUUGCCCUUCCCGGGACGGCAGUGCUGACGCGUCCAGUCCGAGCCGAGCCGAGCCGAGCCGAGCCGAGGACCGCGCGGCGCGCUCAGCCUCCACCAUGUUGCUCCUGUCGCUGGCCUUCGCCGCCUUGGUGUCCCGGGCCGGCCCCUUCUUUUCGGAGGAGAGGUAUCCGGAGGAGUCCCGGGUGCAGCCUCCCACCGUGGUCAUCGCGAUCGUAGCCCGGAACGCGGCGCACUCGCUGCCGUACUACCUCGGCGCCCUGGAGAGACUCAACUACCCCCGGGGCCGCAUCUCCGUGUGGGCUGCCACGGACCACAACGCCGACAACACCACGGCCAUGCUGAAAGAGUGGCUCACUGUCAUGCAGAAAUAUUACCAUUAUGUCGAGUGGAGACCAAUGGACCAGCCCACGUCCUAUGCAGGAGAGCUGGGUCCUAAGCACUGGCCCAACAGCAGAUACGAGUAUGUGAUGAAGCUGAAGCAGGCGGCACUGAACUUCGCCAGGAAACGCUGGGCCGACUACAUCCUGUACGCCGACACCGACAAUAUCCUCACCAACCCUGAAACCCUCAACCUGAUGAUCGCGGAGAACAAGUCGGUCAUCGCUCCCAUGCUGGAUUCGCAGGGGGCCUACUCGAACUACUGGUGUGGUAUCACUCCGCAGGGAUACUAUCGUCGAACGGCAGAAUACUUCCCCACCCGUCACCGGCACAGACUGGGCUGCUUCCCGGUGCCCAUGGUCCACUCCACCGUCCUGCUGGACCUCAGGAAGGAGGGCAUGAAGAAGCUGGCUUUCUUCCCUCCUCGCGAGGACUACUCGUGGCCCUACGACGACAUCAUCGUGUUCGCCUUCUCCUGUCGAGCUGCAGAGAUACAGAUGUACCUGUGUAACAAGGAGCGCUACGGCUUCCUGAACGUGCCGUCCAGUCCCCACCACACCUUGGAGGACGACCGCCUCAACUUUGUUCACGUCCACCUGGAGUCCAUGAUUGAUGGCCCUCCCAUGCACCCCUCUCGCUUUGUCCACACGUUGAUCAAACAGAGAGACCUCAUGGGCUUCGAUGAGAUAUAUCUGAUAAAUCUGCGGCGCCGCCUCGACCGCCGAGACCGGAUGCUGUUCUCUCUGAACGAGCUGGAGAUUGAUGUCAAGGUGGUGGAUGCCGUGGACGGAAAUGCACUGAACAGCAGUGACAUUAAGAUCCUGGGUGUUGACCUGCUGCCAGGCUACUACGACCCGUUCUCCGGUCGCACCCUGACUAAAGGAGAAGUUGGCUGCUUCCUCAGCCACUACUUCAUCUGGAAGGAGAUGGUGGACGUGCAGAUGGACAAAGCGCUCGUUCUUGAGGACGACGUCCGUUUCCAGGCCAACUUCAAGCGACGCGUCCUCAGGCUGAUGGAGGAGGUGGAGCAGGUGGAGCUGGAUUGGGACAUCAUAUAUUUUGGCAGGAAGCAGGUGAAUCCUGGCAACGAAGAGGCGGUGGAGAACGUUCAUAACUUGGUGUUGGCGGGCUACUCGUACUGGACCCUGUCGUAUGCCAUCUCCCUACAGGGAGCCCAAAAGCUGCUCAACGCUGAGCCGCUUUCCAAGAUGCUGCCUGUCGAUGAGUUCCUCCCCAUCAUGUAUGACAAACAUCCCAAUGAGGACUACAAGUCCCAUUUCCCCAACAGAAACCUGCGAGCCUUCAGUACACACCCCCUCCUGGUCCAGCCGUGUCACUACGCCGGGGAUCCCGAGUGGGUGAGCGACACGGAGACGUCCACUCUGUGGGACGAUGACGCAGUACGCACCGACUGGAGGGGUUCCCACAAGACCCUGAAGGGGUCUGCGCCGCCGUCCGAGAUGCUGUCGGUUUCCUACAGGGAUGAACUUUAGCGCGGCGCCAACGUAGCUGUGCAGAACCAGCAAAAGGCCACGGAGGUCAUGGAGACAGUUUCUGAGAAGAGGAACUGCACUCAGACUUUUUUUUUCAAAGCAUGUUUUGCAAGCGUAUGGCACGAGAUGAUUUUUCUUUGUGGGAAACAAUAUUAGGGGCAGUGUUCGUUGAGACUGUUUGAAGAAAUAUAAAACAAUAUGCCUCUUUGCAAUUCAGAUGCUUCAACUCGCACAACCGAUUUUUCUCGGAACAAUCCACCCUUUAGAUUUUUUGUCUAGUCUUUAUUCAUCUUUAAUAUUCUGAGAGUUUAUACAGUUUGUAUGGCUGAUAUAAUUGUUUGAAUGUAUCCCUCUUCUGAUGAUCGCAUGUUCAUAAUGCUAAUUAAUUACAGAGCCCUUUUAAAAGGAAACCGGAGAGACGGCUUUACCAGGAUCCCGGACUGAGGCUCCCGUAGCUGCACUGUUCACAACUCCUGGCAAGUCUGGACAAAAGUCUGAUAUUGUUAUUGAUAUUACUUCUUAUUUUUUUGGUAUCUGAUAUCUGUCUGUUUUCCCAUUUCUCCAUUUGUGCAUAUCUUCCAUUUGGGACUCAAGAGAUACAGUUUUAUCUAACGCAAACUUAGACAGACCCUGAUUAAUAUUUCAUGAACAGUUUUGAAACUGAUGUAGGUACAGUAAGAGACUGCACCAGACUAUAUGCAGGUAGUAUAAGGUUCAUAAAACUAACAUAUUGAAUGUUUUCGCAUUUGAACAAUUUAAGCUUUUAAAAAAUGUUUUUCAUUACUAGAACUUAUUUGGCUUAUAUGACUUUUUUCUACUCCGUUUUUGUGUUUGAAUAUUUUUAUGUUUUUUUUAUGAACAUUUUUAUAUUUAUUCACUUUGCAAAAUAUAACAGUCAAAUUCAUUUUAUUUAUAUGUUUGGCUGCCAGAGAGAGUAGAGUUUACCGUCAGUGUCUCUGAAAUUUCUUAGUUUAACCUUUAAUAUUUCAACACUUAACUGGAAACGAAAUGCCUGUAUGUAAUUUCAGGCUUGAUAAAAAUGUCAGCGGGAAAAUGUUACACUCUAUUUUCGCACUAUUACUUCUGUUCUGGAAAAAAUAAGCAAACUCAUUCUUUGAAAUUUCAGAUAUUAGUACAAAAUAGGUGCAACAUGUCAAGGUGUGAACUUCAAAUAGCUUAGGUUCAUCUCGAUUUUUUAUUCUAGAUCCACAUACCUUCCCGUGCUCCAUCUUGAAUUUAAAAAAUAUGCAUAAAUUACCCCACGUGUAUCAUGCAGAUAUUAAUGAGACAUAUUAAAACACGUAUUGAUGAAUUUGUAGCAUCACCGGGAUCCCUUUCAAUCUCGGAAUGUGUCGACACUUUAAACAAGGGUGCAAUAUCAUCCUGACGUCCCUCCUUGAAUCAAAUUACAAUGAUUGAGCAACUUCAUGUUUUUGCAUUUACAAUGGUCGGAUUUCAUGUGCUCAUUUCCUGUAAUUAAGCGUGUUGGCUUUCCUGCAUAUUUCUUUAUUUAUUUGUCGAGUCUUUCUUCAUGUGGUCGACAGACGAGUCAAAAAACAUGAUGGGCAACAUGCAAUCAAAGUGCAAUGGCUUUUUUCUACCAAAAGCAUCUCCCUCCAAAUAUCUUUGAGCAAUACAUUUUUUACUCAGAUGUUAUAUAUCCUAACAGGAUGUGAGAAUAACUGUACAGCAAACUUUUCGAAUGUUAAUAAAAAAAAUAGUUUUACACAUUUUUUUUUCAUUAUAUGAAUAUUAUUAUGGGUAUUGUGAAUUAACAAGCCAAACUUUUGAUGGCCAGAGAAGUAUGCAGCCAUAUGAGUGAAAUAAGUACUACAAAAAUCAUGCUCAUUGUUGAUUUCAUGUUGUUUCUUGUUUUUAGGAUUCUGUCUCUGCCAUUGUUACUUUAUUUUUUAUGACUGUCUGUCUUCAUGUUGUUGCUUGUUUUUUUCAAGAAGGUCCGAAGACAAUUUUCCACUUGGGUGGAUAAUAAAUUUCUAUUCUAUUCUA